UUUUUUGCCUUCUUACGUUAUUGCUUCUUAUAUCUACACAACGAGCUGCUGUCUUCGAAAGUACUUUGAAAGCCAAGCGCUGGCAGUUUGCGCGUAACAUUCUUGGCGGUUGUGCGCGUAAGUUGCGUUUAAAACGCGUUAGAAGUGAAAGAUUUUUAAUAAAGAUUUCAAAGCAACACGAAAUUUUUGUCUCUUUUUCUUAAAGAAUUGUAAAAAAUUAUAUAAAAAAAAUUAAGUUUGAAAUUCCCUCGUCGUCACCUUCAAAUGAUUCGCCGGCGACAAUGCUAAAUUUUGUUAUGUGCAUUAUAUAAGUUUUGUUUUUGCUAUUGUAUUUUUUGUUUUCUUCCUGCGCCGAAUGAUUGUUUGCCUCAAUUGCAAAAAUGUUUUAUCUCAUGUUUGCCAAACUUCUGCGCACUUUUCCUCAAACUUAUCACAAAAAUGGCAGAGAACUUUGCGUUGGGGAUCACCAACGUCGACGGCAGCAGCGGCAGCGGGAUUGUGUCAGCAGAGCUAUGUCGCCGCGACGAUGGAUUUUGUUGCUUAUCUUUUACAUAGCGUAUUUGAUGUUCGGCGCCAGCAUCUACUACCACAUAGAGCACGGCCUCGAAAAGCAGCAGCGAGCGGCGGAAUUGAGAGAGCGUAUUGAAAUUAACGAAUAUCUUGUUGGUGAGUUAGCCGGCAAGAAUGAGAGCACCAUUAAUGAUGUACUCGAAAACAUUUCAACUUAUUGUGGCAAGUCUGUCACCAACUACACAGCGGAUGAGUUUGAGCCACCUUAUACAUGGACAUUUUAUCAUUCGUUGUUCUUUGCCUUCACUGUAUGUUCCACGGUGGGUUAUGGCAAUAUAUAUCCAACCACAUUUGCGGGACGUCUUAUAAUGAUAUUUUACUCUAUCAUUGGUAUACCGGUCAAUGGUAUACUCUUCGCGGGCUUAGGCGAUUACUUUGGUAAAACGUUUGAAUUAAUUUAUCGACGUUAUAAAAGAUACAAACUCUCACACGAUAAACAUUAUGUGCCGCCGCAGUUAGGUCUAUUCACAGCCAUACUUAUUGCCCUAAUACCGGGUAUUGGUAUCUUCAUAUUAUUACCGGCACUUGUGUUCACAUACUUUGAGAAGUGGUCUUACUCCAUUUCCAUCUAUUUUGCUUAUGUGACCACGACCACUAUCGGUUUUGGUGAUUUCGUGCCGACGUUUGGACCGGAUCAGCCACGGGAAUUCGGCGGCUGGUUUGUGGUGUAUGAGAUUUUUGUCAUAUUCUGGUUUAUAUUCGCUUUAGGUUAUUUAGUCAUGAUUAUGGGCUUCAUAACGCGUGGCUUACAAAGUAAAAAGCUAAGACGUUUAGAACAACAACUCUCAACAAAUAUAAAAACAACGCAAAAUCGUAUUUGGUCUGGUGUCACAAAGGACGUGGGACAUUUGCGACGAAUAUUGAAUGAGCUGUAUAUCCUGAGAGUGAAGCCCGUAUACACUGAACCGGAUCUAACACAGCAACUGCAUCGUUCCAAUUCUGCACCCGAGCUUACAAUGUAUCGUGUGGAGCCGCCCCCAGAGCUGCCACGUAAGCGCGCUUUCUCCGAGAGCUAUGAUGUCGUUGAAGCACGCGGCGUGCUCGCACCCUUACGUGCCUCGUCCGACACUGAACUCGACAAGCUAGAUAAGCAGAAAUCCUUCCAGGAUGCAGAUGUAUUUUUGCAGACUACCGAACUGUUGGCCAAGGUGGUGGGUGCGCUGGGCGCAGUACGCGUGCCGCCGCCAGAGGAAGAUGAUGGCAGUAUGUUUGGCGGCUAUCACGGUCUGUCUGAUUCACAAAUAUUGGCGAGUGAAUGGUCUUAUCCGAGCAUAAAUGAGGCGCCCAAACCACGUGGACGUGCCAACUCGGAUUACAACUUCGAGCCGCCAUGGCGUCAACGUCGUCCAACAGCACUGCCGAAUGAGUGGACCUGGAGUGGGGAUAAUGAACGAAUACAGGAGGCGAUUAACAAUCGUUAUAAGGAAGGUGAUAGCCGUGAUCUCUACCGUUCCAGUUUUGGUUUACCACCUCGUGAAUAUGUUGUGAAUAUGGAAGAGGAGGAACCUCAAAAACCACGUAUGAAGAAGUUCUCUAUGCCCGAUGGUCUGCGCAAGUUGUUCCCAUCGAAAAAACGACCCUCGCAGGAGCGUAUCACAUCAGCUGAGGCUGGCACAGACAUUUCUAUGCCGAAUGGUGCACGGCGUUUCUCUAUAAUGAGCGUCCCGGAGUCUGCGCGUCGCACUCCGCCACUCGACUACUACAGCACAGUGGCGGCGGACGCAAAUUCACCAUAUUACGGUAAUGGCAAGCCAACAGCUCUACCUGGUCUGCCAAGCAGUUACCCUUCAGAUGGCAAUUUGACCUCGAAACAACCAGCCAAUGGAUUCCCGGCAAGUGCUGUGGGCGGUGGGGCGCGUAAACGACGUGAGUCGAUAUUCACACAGAAACCUUCUGCGGGCGCCAGACGUGGCAGUCUGUUUCCCUCAUCAAACGCCGCUGGGCUCACACAACGACGCGGGAGUCUCUUUGCCCCGGGAAUACAGCCGAAUGCAGGCGCACCACAGCGGCGCGGCAGUCUUUUUCCCACCAGCGGACGAGGCGCAGCAGACCGACGUCCUAGCCUCUUCUCUGUGGCCUCAGAGGAGGAACGUGAAGUGUUGGAGAAUACAACAAUUGCUGAUUUAAUCCGGGCCUUGGAGGUGAUGCAUACACAAACUGUAAUGGACGAGGCCGCCGAUAGUCCGCCGGUUAUAACACACAGCGAUAUGGGCGGCAUAUUUGGCGGUGCAGAGAAGCAACGUAAGAUGGGAAAUGCAGGCAUGGAGUUACCAGACGUGCCGCCCUUAUUCUCGCUGCUUGGUAGCGAUAAUAAACGAGCUAUGAACGCGGCAGCGGCGAAUCGCUUAUACGCCCGUCGAUCCACCGUCGUUGGCGCCUUGCCUACUUCGUUUAAUGCGCCGAUGGGUUCCACAACCGCACUAGCACCAUCUGCAUCUGUGUCGUCCGGACCGACAAGCAUGUUGACGCGACGCCGCAAGUCAUCAGCUGUGCAACAAAUACCCGAACCUCCACCGAGUUACAGCGAGCGCGAUACAAAUGCAAAUAAUGGUAGCAACCAAGCGGCAGCUGGUAAUAAAUUCAAACGUCGUUUCAGCGUACGUCUCACCGCACUACAAAUACCACCCGGCAAAGCGCCUCCACCGACCACAAGUGGUAGCACCGCUACUCCCGCUACACCAACACUACCACCAUCAACCACGCAGAGUGUCUUCCAGCGUCGUGCCUCAUUACGUCCAUCGCCAUUAGCGCGAGAGCUCAAUAUAUCCACAACACCCUCAUCGACUAGCAGCUCAGGCGAUCCCAGUCCGACUAGCCCCACGGGCAGUGGAGGCACAGUGUCGAGUACGACACGUCUGCUGCCGGCCAGUUCUGCGCCCUCUUCUUCUGCUGGCGCAGCAGCACGCCCACCCUCAACCGGCAGCACACAUUCGCCGCUCUCGCGCAUUGUACAAAUAACACAGGCGCAACGUAAGAGCAGCAAGCCUGAGGGUUUCCCAAUGGAGCGCACACAGAAGCCGGAGGACGUGUAGGCUUAAGAUAUCCGAGCUCUGAAAUUCAUUGAUUUAAGUGGCUUCCAAAGUGCCAAUUAGUUGUAAAAAUGAAAUUAAUUGUAUAUUAUGCUCUCUUAGGUUGUGUUAGUAAGCAGAAUAACGGUAUGCCAUAAGUUUGCCACCGUCUUAAUUAAUAAUUUACUGACAUUAUUAGUAUUAUUUGUUGCCUCUAUUUGAUAGUAAACGAAAACCACAUGAAAAAGGACCCCCGUUAACCCUUAGAUGAUCGCUAAUAGUGUAGGGUUCUAAAUCCCGAAAAUUGCCAAAAACAAGUUAUUGUGAUAAGUUUAGUAUUAGCCAAAUGGAAGUAGCUUAUUUUUUAUCGAUUAAUAAAUUAUAUCUAUAUACAUAUAUGUAUGUAUUUAAAAGUUUAUAUAUGACAAAUUAAGAAGAAAUUUCUGCACAUUAAUUUCAUGUUAUUUAUUGCUUUUUAUCCAUUUAUCUGCCUAUCCCAUGCACCCAUUAGUUACAAUUACACACUAUUUAUCUUCUGGCUUUCACAUUUAGCAAUUUUAAAUUCUUAGUAAAAAUUGUUCAAAAAUUUGAGAACGUUUGCGGGGCGAAGAUGAACAAAACAAAAUGUUGCCAAAUAAAGAAGCUAUGAACUACGAAAAA